CUUUGCAGAAAUAAGUCCGAUUCUUAAGGAUUUGCCUUAAUUUAUUUAAAUCUGUUUUAAUGCCGAAUUAAGUGAGCCUUUUUUAGGAGUGGCUGCAGGUGUUGCAAACUCGCUUUAUUGCUCUUCUCUGCGUGAAUUAAUGCUCCCGGUCUGACUGAAAGGAUUGGGGGGAAUUUGGACGUUUGUCGUAGCGAUUUGGUUUACAUGGUGGAUGGCUGCUGCUGGGAUUUGAGGAGCGAUGGUGAUCCUUCAACAGGGGGAUUACGUCUGGCUGGAUCUAAAGACCGGCCGUGAGUUUGAAGUUCCUAUUGGAGCAGUGGUGAAGUUGUGUGACUCCGGACAGAUUCAGGUUGUGGAUGAUGAAGGGGAUGAGCACUGGAUCUCCCCUCAGAAUGCCACCAAUAUUAAGCCCAUGCAUCCAACAUCCAUCCAUGGAGUGGAAGACAUGAUCCGACUGGGAGACUUGAAUGAAGCGGGAAUUCUGCGUAACCUACUCAUCCGUUACAGAGACCGCUUAAUUUAUACCUACACCGGCUCGAUCCUGGUGGCGGUUAAUCCCUAUCAGCUGCUACCCAUCUACACGGCCGAACAAAUUCGGUACUACACCAACAGGAAGAUCGGGGAGAUGCCGCCUCACAUCUUCGCUAUUGCCGAUAACUGCUACUUCAACAUGCAGCGUAACAACAAGGAUCAGUGCUGUAUUAUAAGUGGAGAGUCUGGUGCUGGAAAAACUGAGAGCACCAAGCUGAUACUACAGUUCCUGGCAGCAAUCAGUGGUCAGCAUUCAUGGAUUGAACAGCAAGUCCUUGAGGCAAAUCCCAUCCUAGAAGCAUUUGGGAAUGCUAAAACUAUAAGGAAUGAUAAUUCCAGUCGUUUUGGGAAAUAUAUCGACAUCCAUUUUAACAAGCGAGGGGCCAUCGAAGGAGCCAAGAUAGAACAAUAUCUACUGGAGAAAUCCCGUGUUUGUCGGCAGGCUGAUGGGGAGAGGAACUACCACAUUUUCUACUGCAUGUUGACGGGGAUGAGCCCUGACCAGAAGAAGAAGCUCGGCCUGGGGAAGCCGACAGAUUAUACCUACUUGACCAUGGGAAAAUGCACCUUCUGUGACGGCCGAGAUGACAACAAGGAGUACUCCAAUAUUCGCUCCGCCAUGAAGGUCCUCAUGUUCACUGACACUGAGAACUGGGAGAUCAGCAAACUGAUGGCUGCCAUCCUACACAUGGGCAACCUGGCCUACGAACCUCGAAUGUACGACAACUUGGAUUCGUGUGAGGUGGUCUACUCCGCCCAACUGUUGACAGCUGCAGCUCUCCUUGAGGUCGAUUGUUUAGACUUCCAGAACUGCCUCACCAGCCGCACCAUUAUAACAAGAGGCGAGACUGUCUCCACUCCCCUGAACGUGGACCAAGCUCUCGACGUCCGCGAUGCUUUCGUGAAGGGUAUCUAUGGACGACUCUUUGUCUGGAUAGUGGAGAAGAUCAAUGCCGCAAUUUACAAGCCUCCGUCCAGGGAGCCCAAGGUCAUACGCCGGUCGAUCGGUUUACUGGAUAUCUUUGGUUUUGAAAACUUCCAUGCUAACAGCUUCGAGCAGCUCUGUAUAAACUUUGCCAAUGAAAACCUGCAACAGUUUUUUGUCCGCCAUGUCUUCAAGUUGGAGCAGGAGGAGUACAACCUGGAGAACAUCAACUGGCAGCACAUCGAAUUUACUGACAACCAGGAUGCUCUUGACAUGAUUGCACUCAAGCCCAUGAACAUCAUUUCCCUCAUUGACGAGGAGAGCAAAUUCCCCAAGGGUACAGACACGACGAUGCUGAAUAAGCUGAACUCUCAGCACAAGCUGAAUGCCUUCUACAUCCCUCCGAAAAACAACCAUGAGACCCAGUUUGGCAUCAGCCAUUUUGCUGGAAUUGUCUACUACGAGACAAAAGGUUUCCUGGAGAAAAAUCGUGACACCCUUCACGGAGACAUCAUCCAACUGGUCCACUCCUCCAAAAAUAAGUUCAUCAAGCAGAUCUUCCAGGCUGAUGUAGCCAUGGGAGCGGAGACCAGGAAACGCUCACCAACACUAAGCAGCCAGUUUAAGCGCUCGCUGGAACUGCUGAUGAGAACUCUCGGUGUCUGCCAGCCCUUCUUCGUACGUUGUAUCAAGCCCAAUGAGUACAAGAAAUCCAUGCUGUUUGACCGGGAGUUGUGUGUUCGCCAGCUGAGGUACUCUGGAAUGAUGGAGACCAUUCGGAUCCGGCGAGCGGGUUAUCCCAUCCGCUACACCUUCGUGGAGUUUGUGGAUCGAUACAGAGUCCUGAUGCCUGGGGUCAAACCAGCAUACAAACAGGGUGACCUGCGUGGGACAUGCCAGCGAAUAGCAGAGGCCUUUCUGGGACAGGAUGGUGACUGGCAGAUUGGAAAGACUAAGAUCUUCCUGAAGCAACUGGAAGGUGCUUGGUGUGACAGUGAGAUUGGACGCAGGCUGUGGGAGAGGAACCCUCUCCCCUACUAUCUACCCACGGCCGGGUUUAUCUCUGAUCCUCAGCUGUCACUGCAUCAGGAAACUGCCCUGCCUGCUCGUGUUUGGAGUGGAGGACAACAGAAGAUCUCUGCUUCCUGUCAGGAAGCUUCCAGAUUCUCCUGUGGAUUCAUGGAAGGCCAUCGUCAUGGAAACUUGUGGGUGUGCACUGAAAGGUUUUGUUUUUAAUGUAACCAUGGAUCUAAAAUUGGA